GACACGGUAUGUAAGUUACAUAUGUAUACAUGCAUACAUAUCGAUAGUAGUGGUCUCAUCUCAAGGGUCUGGUCAGUACUGUCAGUGUCAGUAGUCAGUAGUGGUUAUUUGGUUAAUAUAGUAGUUGAUCUCUGUGAAUCUUCGCUGUUGGUUCGUGUUGAUCAAACUCAACUACAGUAAAGUUGCUUUUUGCGAAUAAAUGCUCGUAUGUGUACAUGUUGGUAACCUCAUUUAAUAAAAUAACAAGUGCUUCGCGAAAACGUUUGCAAUUCCGAAAAUAGACAAAACUUUAGAUAUAAUGCCGUUGGCGAAUCUAACGGCUCCUUGGACUGAGCAUCGUACAGAUGAGAAGCAAAGUACAGAAAUUCUUCCGGCUGAAAAUCAGGAAGAAACAAUGAUUACUCAAGGAAAUUUAAUUGAAAGAUCGAACGGUUGCUCGGAAUCUCACGAGAUCGAGGUACGCGAUAUGGCGAGGGAUGGUUACGAGAAAGCCGAACCUUCUCACUUUGAAUUAUUAAAAGUCCUUGGCCAAGGAUCCUUUGGCAAGGUAUUUUUAGUAAGAAAAGUCGUUGGAAAAGAUAGUGGGACUCUAUACGCUAUGAAAGUCUUGAAGAAGGCGACCUUAAAAGUUCGCGACAGAGUCAGAACCAAAAUGGAGAGAAACAUAUUGGUAGAUGUGGAACAUCCAUUCAUCGUCCGACUGCAUUAUGCGUUUCAAACCGAAGGGAAACUUUACUUAAUUCUAGACUUUCUAAAAGGUGGCGAUCUCUUUUCCAGAUUGUCUAAAGAGGUAAUGUUUACGGAAGAUGACGUCAAGUUUUAUUUGGCUGAACUAGCACUCGCAUUGGAUCAUAUACAUAAACUCGGAAUUAUUUAUCGGGAUUUGAAGCCCGAAAACAUUUUGUUAGACACAGAAGGCCAUAUAUCUUUAACGGAUUUUGGCUUAAGCAAGCAACCUUUAGACGAUUCGAAAGCGUAUUCGUUUUGUGGCACUGUCGAAUAUAUGGCACCGGAAAUUGUCAACAGAAAAGGACAUACUUUUACAGCGGAUUGGUGGAGUUUCGGUGUCUUAAUGUUUGAAAUGCUAACAGGCGCUCUCCCGUUCCAAGGUGCAAAUCGUAAAGAGACGAUGACGCAAAUCUUGAAAGCUAAACUCGGAAUGCCGCACAAUCUUUCGUCGGAAGCACAAGCACUUUUGAGAGUAUUGUUCAAGAGAAAUCCAGCGAAUCGUCUUGGAUCUGGUGGAGUGGAAGAAAUUAAAAGCCAUAUUUUCUUUGCUACCAUCGACUGGGACGCUCUUUAUAAAAAGGAAAUAAGACCGCCGUUUAAACCAGCUGUUCGAGAAGACGAUGCGUUUUACUUUGAUAAUGAAUUCACCUGUAAAACACCUAAAGAUUCUCCCGGAGUACCACCUAGCGCAAACGCUCACGAAUUAUUUCGCGGAUUCAGUUUUAUCGCACCGUGUUUGCUCGCGGAUGUGGAUCACGUUAUGUCACCCGAAUAUCGAAACUAUGAUAAUAUUAGCGCCAUUUUUCCAACCUAUGUCAAUCCUGUUUCCAUAACUGACGAGUAUGAAUUUAAACACGAAAUUGGCAGAGGAAGCUACAGUGUGGUAUAUUUGGCUAUUCAUAUAGCAUCCAAGAUGGAGUACGCUGUAAAGGUGAUUGAGAAAUUGAAACGAGAUCCGACGGAGGAAAUAGAAAUUCUGUUGCGAUACGGUAGGCAUCCCCACAUUGUAACGUUGAGAGCGGUUCACGAAGACGAUAAACGAGUGUAUCUCGUAUUGGAACUUUUGCGCGGUGGUGAGCUUCUCGAUCGUUUACUACAGAGACGAAAUUUUACCGAAAGGGAAGCUGCCGAGGUCAUUUACACUGUUACGAGUGUGGUACAUUAUCUCCACGAGAACGGAGUCGUUCAUAGAGACUUGAAGCCAUCAAACAUUCUGUAUACGAGACCUGGCGGUGACCCAACGACACUUUGUAUAUGUGAUCUUGGUUUCGCGACGCAAUUACGAGCGGAGAAUGGUUUGCUAAUGACGCCCUGUUACACGGCCAAUUUUGUGGCGCCCGAAGUGUUGAAACGACGAGGAUAUGACGCAGCGUGUGACAUCUGGUCACUCGGAGUUUUAUUGUACAUCAUGCUAGUUGGGUACACGCCUUUCCGUAACAGCCCAGGAGAUAGCGCGAGCGAUAUAUUAGGUCGUAUUGGUUCAGGAUAUAUAGAUGUGGAAAGUGGGAUAUGGUGUCAUAUUUCCAACGAAGCUAAAGAAUUGGUUAAGAGGAUGUUGCACGUAGAUCCCACUCGGAGACCUACGGCGGCUAUGAUUUUAAAGCAUCCAUGGAUUGUAAAUCGACAUCGUAUCCCUCCAAAAGUAUUGCCGGAUGUUAUUAAAGAUCCACAUAGCCUCAAGAUGGCAGUCGCAGAGACGUAUAGAGUAAUAGCGAGUAAUCCGAGAUCACCGCAUAUCGGUCCCGUGGUUAUGUCCGAAUUGGCACGUCGUAGAACACAAGGCAAAUCCAGUGGUCUUACUCAAGUUUAACUUUAAUAUCUCUUGUACAUAAAGCUUUUACUUUUAUCUCAAAAUGGAAAUACUUAGAAUAACAAAAUCAUAUUUCUAAGUACAUACAAGCAAAAGUAGUUUAAAGUGCCCAUAUUGUAAAUGACGUUAAUAUCAUCGUGGAAAGUAUAUAAUGGAAAACGUUUAUGAGACAAUGAGCCGAAUGUGAUAUUUAUUUAUAGAGUUAAAGUUACGUACGUUCAAUAUGUACAUGUACCAAUACAUAUACCUAUGCGCACCCAUGCACGCACGCACGCACAUACAUACCUAAGCCUAAGCACAUGGAUGUGCACAUGCAUGUGCUAUGGCAGCUAUGUUACGUGUUACCAAAUACCCAUGAUUCUAUAACAGUGCAAAAGGUCGAAAUGAGCAAGUUUAGUUACUUUUUAAAUUAUUUUUUUUACACUUGAUCGUUUUAUCUUAUAGAAAAGAAUCAGGAAAGUGGAAAAAGAUGGUGCCUGGAAUACGUGUGUGUUGAACUAAUCAAUAGUGAUUUAAUAAUCCAAGUAUUUCUCGCGAUACGUUACUUGUGAAAUUUCAUCUGUGCAUCUGUGCUGUGUAGUUAACGUAGUCACAUUUAAUUUUUUCACUCAACCUAUGCCGGAUAAGUGUUUUUUAUAUUUCCGCCUAAACUCGUGGUUUGUAAUUUUGGAACACACUUGUAAAGAUCUCGAUGUUUGCGCGAAUUUGAGUUCUAGAAGAAAUAUGAUGGUGUAGUAACUGCAAAACGGAAUAAAAUUAUAUGUAAUCAUUG